AACAUGGAUAAGGUGACAUGCUAUCUGUAUGAGGGAAACCGCAACUGGGUGUCUGUAAAGCUCAAGGUUUUAGGGUUAUAAAGAACAUAGGAACUCUGUCGCAAGAGGUUGCAAGCGUGCGGUGCCCUCAGAUGAUGCCAUGAAUGCUCUACAACAUUUGACCUCCUGCACAGGAAAUAGGAAGCUCACUAUCUUAGAACCAUUGCUUCCAAGUAGUCAGGGCAGAGAACAAGGAGAAUUUGCAUAGAAUACCAUCUACUACCCAAUAUUUUCGGUAGUGAACUGGUUGAUUGCGUUUCAACGUUGGAUGAUUGACCUCAUUGUUACCGAAAUAGAAACCCUUCCGAAAAUUAGCUUCCUUGUUUCAAUCUGCAGGGAGUGGAGAUAGCUCUGAUUCAGAAUCGGCUUCCGUUUUGAAGCUCUGACACCCAUUCAUGUCUAUUCAAGGUGUUCAGACUAAACACCACAUUGGUAGUGUCACGGAUUGUGAGCGGCAUGAGAAGCCAGGUUGAGGAUCUUGUGAAUGAUUAAAGGGAGAAAAGAAGCCAUGGAAGUGGGUAAUGUGAAAAUGAAGCUGCCAGGAAUGGAUCCCCUUCGGAUGUGGAAGAAUCCAGGUCCGUGAAGGAACAGAAAGAUAGACAUCAUGGAACACUGGGAAUUGUUGCGUGCAACUAAAAUUGGUUCUUCGUUCUUGUGGGGUCAAACUUCGAAGACUGGUCGAGCCUCUGUCCGUCAGUCAUGUGUUCUCAACUCUUCAUUCUGUGUUGGAAUCUGGGAACGCAUAAUGUAUUGGAGAAUGUCGAUCUUUGGAGUUCUGCGCAAUGGAUUUCGUGUGCCAUUUCGCCGACAACGCAUUGGAACCUGUGUUGGAUGAUUGACUUGGGAAUGUGGAUUGUGAUCUCUGAAGAAGACAGACACUACCAUGUGCUCAGGUCGGCAUCACUGUCAGCCCCUGCUCUGUGCAGGUGAUUGUGAUCCAAAGCCGUGCAAUGCACUCCACAGAUGGAUUCAAAUGUUUCAGCGACGCAACCUCGUCACAGAGCUUUCACAUCUGAGCCUGUGGGUGUAAUCCAUUGGCUGAACUUGAAGCCUGGUUCGGAUUCUGGCGACCCUCUACAAAUUUGAAACCAGAUCACAAAGCUCAUCAGUACGACAUUCAGGACUCGAUCGCAGGUUUCUCCGUGCAAUCACUUCCGUUCACCAACGAGAAACUCCUACCAUGGACUCUAGAGUAGAAAUCUGUUUGACAAUUCUGUUAACGCUGGCCGAAUUGCCAUGGAUUGUGAUCAGUCCCUCACAGACCUGAUUACGAACUUGACGCAGAGUACGUUACACAUAGCCCUGCACAGAUACUGGUUGAACAAUACGCAGACAUGCUUGAAGACAAUUUGGCCGAAGUGUCAAGGUUAAGAUAGCGGGAGUUGGUAAGUUAGUUAUUUACGCCGUGCACAUUCAGUACGAAUGUAUCACAAUGCGUUGCUUACAGUCAAGUUUUUAUAAUGUUUCGAAUUCCAGAGUUCAAAUUGCAAGACGAAGCCCAUGUAGACCGUUGCAGUAUUCUGCCCAAGAGACCGUCAAAUGGAUAGCACUCAUGUUGUGGCGAGUGUCAGAACCUUGACCUGGCCCCAAACCGAGAGGAAUCAUCAUCAUCAGCUCACUCUCCUGAUUGACAAAGCAGGUGCUAUCCGUUUUGUUGGACUACUUCAACUCUCUUCAAGAGUCGUGCCCGGUUCUUCCAAUUGCAAUUUCUUUAGUUUCUACAUCCUUUCCAUUGGACUUCGGCAUGGCUACGGAUGGUGCGGCAACCCCUGCGGACAUUCACAACGGCGGCAAGGCGCAUUCUGGGACGGGAUAGCGAAUUACUGGGUUUAGAUUUCCACUAACCGACUCCGAGGGAGUCGGCAGAACUGCGUACCUUGAGGGUAGCUAUCACACGCCCCCCGCCCUUGCCGCUGCUUUUUAUACUCGUAUACUUCUAUUUUUGAAUCUCCUCUUCUCUAGCAUCUCGUCACGCCUCAGCAGAUUCUCUUGACCAGCCAGGCGCGAGAAUUAUGUUUUUGGGAAGCUCAAACGAUCGCUAAAUCUUAAUGUGGAACAUGGCAUGGCGUUAGGAGAAGCAAGACGUGCUGUUGCUGAGGUGGAGUUCAGGCAGGAAGGUUUGGAGAAUGUGGGCGGGAGGAGGAGUGGCGGGGGUUUAGGGAAUGGUGGGCGAAUUGCUGGGAUGACUAGUGCAGAGAUGGUGAAGGAGGCGAACGGCCUUGCAAAGAGAGUAGUGUCUUCGUUUGAGAGCCGAUAUGGUGGUAGGAAAGUGAGUACAAGGAUUGUGAGAGCGCGGCAGAAUUCCCGAGCUGAGGACAGAAAGCGUGAUGGUUUCCCACGAGGUUUUUCUACAGUAAGUUCCAACUCCAGGUUGUGUAGAAUGGUGAGCGGCGAUGGCCUUGGGGGAGAUGGUGAUAGAGAGGACUCGAGCAGGAGCAUCAUAUUGAGUUUUGAUGUUGAGCAAAUGGGCUUGGGCAUUGUGGACGAAUCACCUGUAUAUGGCGAUAGAUCAGGUUUGACGCCAGAAAAUGGAAGCUUUCAUUUAAAUCCGAAAAAUGACGUUGUGAGGAGCGAUAGUAGCGAUGGAGGGGAAGUGCGACUGGAUGCCAGGUUGAGUGGCGCAACUUCCAAAAAAGAUGGCCGUAGGAGGCGCAUUUUUUCGAAGAGGAGAAAAUCCGCGGCAGAAAAAGUGACUCCUGAUGAUGGACUUCCGAUCAGAAACCAUCUGCGUGCCGACUUCGAUUCUGAGGCAGAGAGAGCUCAUGGCACUGAGUGUGAUGUGUUCACUGCUUCACGUCUGCUUGCUAAGCCACAGGCGACUAGGGAUGAGUAUGUGAGCAAUUACAGCACGCCGCUAGACGCAAGAGCUCAAAUGAACAAUUCUGGAGUCGAUGACGUUUACGACGCACAAGGUUGGAACAAUUUGAACACACGAGGGAAGAAACCCGAACCCCGAUAUUUCCAUGCAGCAGCUGUUGUGGGACGCAGGAUGGUGGUGGUCGGCGGCCAAACUGGUUCAGGGCCUAGCAACGAUGUCCAGGUCUUACACUUCAGCAAAAUGAUGUGGUCCGAACUGGGUAGAGAUACACCAGUUGCAAAGGGACGCGCUACCACUUUGAAAUCUGCAACGCCAGGCCGGAUGCCGCUAUGCAGGGGUCAUAGCCUGAUUUCAUGGGGAAAGACCGUUCUUUUAAUUGGCGGGGAAAUGAAUCCGGCUAGCGACAAAGUUGAAGUCUGGUCUUUCGAUCUGGAGACAGAGUGUUGGUCAAAAAUCGCUGCUAAAGGAGAAAUUCCGACAGCGAGGAGUGGUCAAAGUGUAACUAGAGCAGGGAGCAUACUCAUCAUGUUUGGAGGGGAAACACCAAAAGGGCAGAAGCUAAAUGACCUUCACAUUCUGGACUUGAAGUCUCUCAUGUGGCUGCCUCUGAACACUGUGAGUACCGGCCCUUCACCACGCUCAAAGCAUUGUGCUACAAUGUAUGAUGACCGCUUUCUGCUGAUAUUUGGUGGAUCUUCUAAAUCCAAGUAUCUCGAUGAUGUAUGUGCUCUGGAUUUUGAAACGGUGGAGUGGUCUAAAAUGAAAACAAAGGGCAUUGAUCCUUCCCCUAGGUCUGGCCAUGCUAGUAUUUUGGUCGGUGAUAAGUGGUACAUUGCCGGUGGAGAGACUCGUGGACAUGGCUCAUUGGAAACACUGAUGCUUGAUGUUUCCAACUUAACUUGGUCUGCGGUUGCUGGAACUACUGCAAAUACAACUGUUGCCAAUCAGGGUCUGAGCUUGGUACUUGUUCAACGAAAGGAGAAGACAAUGCUAGUAGCUUUUGGGGGAAAGGGAUCUGAACUUUCUAACCAGGUACAAGUCUUGUCUGUAGUGCCCUUGGAUCAUGUGAAGACUUCUUCAUACAGUGGUAACUCGGCCACAACACCAAGCAUGGCUGGAUCAGGUCUAUCAUGUGUAAACUUGGCAAAGACCCAGCUGGAUACUCUUGAAGAAGAACAAUAUGGUUCACGCGCUUCACAAGGCAAUUCUCCAGUGAUAGAAAGUUUUAAUUCUACUGAUAUUGUUCCACUGCGGAGGCGAUACAGCACGAAAUUGGAUGGCACACGUCAACCACCAGGAGAGAUUUUAUCAAGAGUGCUGAGAGAAACCCCAUCGCAUGAGAUUCCAUCGCCUCUACAACACAAAUGCAAGGUCCCAAAUAUGCAAUCAAAAGAGCUAGAGAUGAGGGAUAAGCUGGCUUCCAUUGUCACACGGAACUCAAAAAGUGCUCGGUGGCACGGAAGUUCCUCUAGGAGGAAAGGAUCCUUCGACUCAGGCAUUCUUACAUCGGUGAACGAAAGCGCUGCAUACGUAGGCUCUUCAAGAAAGGGAUCAUGGUUGAAUGCUGAUCUGAGUAUUCGAUCGAAGUCGUAUAUAAGUGACAGAAGUGAUUACAGCCUCUACACAGCGCCUCAAAGCCAGCGCUGGGAAGGGGAAGUAGAAUGCAGUGACGGUCAGCUGCUUGCAGACCUCCAGGAUGCUGUGACCAUGGAAAGGCGCAUCCAUUUGAUUAACAAGUACAGACAGAGUUUUGAGAUGAAAUUAGCAGCUGCUGUGCGCAGGGCUGAACAAGCAGAAGGGCAGGUCACAACUGCUCUUAGAGCUAAAGAGGAGAUAGCGAAUAGGUUGGCAUCCGCAUUAAAGAUGCGGCAGCACGCAGAAGGACAGCUUGCUGCAGCAUUGACAGCACAGGCGGAGCUCAAAGAGACCGUGGCUGCCGCUGAGAGAGCCCAAGAAGAUUCCAACAACCUGUGCAGUGUGGUUCACUCGGAGAACUUGCGGUUGGAACAUGACCUUGCCUUUCUUAAGGCUGUGCUUGAGGACACACAAAAGGAAUUGGACUCCACCAGGGAGGGGCUUGUCACUGAAAGAUCAAAAUCCUUCAAGCUCCAGAUGGAGAUAUUCGAUCUAAAGAAGAAAACACUGCUCUCACUUUCUGAAGAAGAUGCAACACCGAACUCAGCAUCUCAACCUUUGCCUGCAUCUGAAAUCGCAUGAGCUUGGACAUUUGUAGACCCCAUCACAGCGGCUCAUGUACAGAUCAUAGUUCUAGAUCAGUGAAUAUUAUUCGCUUCUUUGUAUCAAAGACCUCAACUUGUUUCCAUCCACUCUUUACCAUUUUCUCACACGCAUGUGCAUUACCACAAGUGGCGUAAGUAUCUUUGGAAGACGAUUGCUGACUGUAUUCCAACUGUCACACAAGUGGCAAGUCAAACUGAAAUGAAGGACAUCAUCCACCCAUAUUAAAGAA